UGGAUGGUAUAGGGACCUGUUGGCCUCGUAGUGCAGCAGGAGAGAUGAUCUCCAGACCUUGUCCUGAACAGUUGAAUGGCAUCCACUACAACACCACCAAGGAAGAGUAAAGUCCAUUAUCAGGUUGCUGUGAUCAUCAACUACCUGGGUCACUGUAUCUCUCUGGGAGCGCUCCUGCUCGCCUUCACUCUCUUCAUGAGACUCAGGAGUAUUCGCUGUCUGAGGAACAUCAUCCACUGGAAUCUGAUCUCAGCGUUCAUCCUGAGGAACGCCACCUGGUUCAUCGUGCAGUUAACUAUGAAUCCUGCUGUUACCGAGAGCAACCAGGUGUGGUGCAGGUUGGUGACAGCAGCCUACAAUUAUUUCCAUGUGACGAACUUCUUCUGGAUGUUUGGUGAAGGCUGUUACCUCCACACAGCCAUCGUCCUCACCUACUCCACCGACAAACUCAGGAAGUGGAUGUUCAUCUGCAUCGGCUGGGGUAUUCCUUUUCCCAUCAUAGUGGCCUGGGCUUUUGGGAAACUUUACUACGACAAUGAGAAGUGCUGGUUUGGAAAGAAGGCAGGAAUUUACACAGACUACAUCUACCAGGGCCCCAUGAUCCUCGUCCUGUUGGUCAACUUCGUCUUCCUGUUCAACAUCGUUCGGAUCCUGAUGACCAAACUGAGGGCGUCGACCUCGUCAGAGACCAUCCAGUACAGGAAGGCGGUGAAGGCGACUCUGGUGCUGCUGCCUCUCCUAGGAAUCACCUACAUGCUGUUCUUUGUGAAUCCUGGAGGAGAAGACGAAGUCGCUCAGAUCGUCUUCAUCUACUUCAACUCCAUACUGGAGUCCUUCCAGGGAUUCUUUGUCUCAGUGUUCUACUGUUUUCUCAACAGUGAGGUGCGAUCUGCAGUCAGGAAGCGUUGGAUUCGUUGGCAGGAUCGUCACUCCAUCCAGAGCCGGGUGGUGCGCGCCACGUCACUGCCCACCUCACCGAGCAGAGUAUCUUUCCACAGCAUCAAACAUUCCUCUAACCUCUGAUAGUCCGUUGGACCUGAACACCUCCAAUCACAACCUGUGAUGUUAUUCCACUCAGCCAAUCAGAGGGAUCAGUGGAUCAGAUCAGACCAGCCAAUUGCAGGGCACAACACAGAUUUAUGGAGCCAAUCAGGCGAUCUGUCAGUCAGGUUUCUUCAUGGCCCCACCCCCUUUCAUUAGCUGGCCAAUCACAGGAUGUGAUCAGCUGCUUCUACAGGGUCACAUGUCCUUUUAGGCAGCUGGACAGUGUCCACAUUCUGUAAUCGAUAAGUUUAUUUAUUUAUUAAUAAAUGUGUAAUAAUGUGUUAUUGAUGAGCUGUAACUGUUUAUAUUGUAAUAUUGAUCACAAGCUUUCUACUAUUUAACAGAGCUAAACACACGCACACACACACACACUGAGAACGUUUCCCAUGAGGAAACAGGAAGCUGAACAAUAAUCACACAACUUUACUGUUUGUGUCGUUACCUUGAAACAACAACAAACUGAUCCUCUGAUGCUGCAACAACAAGCUAAUAUGUUAUUAUGUUGUUAUAAUGUUAGUAGUCUGUUAGCUCUGUUAGCAGCCUGUUAGCUUUGUUAGCAGUCUGUUCACAGCCUGUUAGCUCUGUUACCUGUCUGUUAGCAUCCUCUGACGCUGCAACAACAAGCCAGUGUGUAAGAGUCGAGACCUUUGUUGGAGAGUCACGGCCUCACACACGCUAUGAAAUCCAAACUUUUAUUUCAUUAAAUCACUGUCACUAUAAACAUGGGAUUAAACUGGGCAUUAUAACAAACCCCUUCCGCCUGAACACAUCACACAGAGAGGGGAGCAGCCAGCAGGGGGCACUCUCUGUUCCACAUCACCUCCUCUAACUGCUGAAGAUCAACUCCCUGAUUCUGCUUCACAACAUCUGGACACAUACUGAUGUUAAUCCUGGGAUUGAAACACGUCAUGGCUUUAGGUCCAGAUAACAACAGAGAGCUGCCACACCUUUAAUAUUUGCACUUUCCAUCAGAUUGACUUGAGCUAACUGUCUAUUCAUUGUAAUUGUUGUGCACAUUUGCACUAAAACCUUGUUUAAAUACAGAGAUGAUAGAGACCAGUAGUACUAACAGUAACCAUAGUAACCCCAGUAGCCACAGUAACCAUAGUAUAGUUAGUACCUGUAGGUUAGUACCUGUGGAGGGAAACACUCAGGAUGAAACACCAACUGCUCCUCCUUAUUAUUGUGUGUGUGUGCCUGUGUGUGAGUGGGAGAGUGUGUGUGUGUGUGCCUGUGCGUGUGUGCGUGCGCGUGUGUGUGAAUCAGUGGCAUUAUUAGCUGGAAGAAGCUUGAUACCUGAUUUAAACCCAUGACUUUUUGGUAAUAUUAAGUAGUACUAAGUAUUGAAUUUAUAAUGACAUCAUCAGAUGAAGGAGCGCUUGGUUCAUCCACCAGCCUGAGUGACUCACUCUGAUGUUCGACAUUUACAUGUGAGUCUGUAUCUGAUAAUAUCAAAUCAUGAAAUAAAUUCUUCA